GGAACGUCAGUUCGUACGUCACAGUCACGUGGUAACAUUUGAAAUUGAACCUCGAAUGCACAACAGAAAACACCACUGCUGUCAGUAUUUUAUGCUAGCAAACUUCGCUGAAACAGGAAUAGUUGAUGAUUUUCGGAGGAAACAUCGCACAGGAUAGAUGGCUUUAGGGUUUGAACAAUCAAAACGCGUGAAGAUGGAUGAACUUUCGCCUCACAUUUGGAGCGCUCCGGUGGAGACUGCGCUCCCGUCCCAGAGGAUUCAGACUCCAGAAGAACUGGUUUCCCAGCAGGAGGAUCACGUGCAGAUCAUGUACUGCAAAGAUCAGGUGUAUCAGGGAGACGAGGAGUUCAGCUUGGAAGAGCUUCGUGCGCAGCGCUACUACAGGGCUUUGAGUGAAAAGUCCUCGCACAUCAACAAGAUAAAGCAGGAACUGCAGCUUCAGAUCGAGCAGAAGCAGAGGCUCAUUCAGCAGAGAAUCAGCACAGCUCCGCAACAGAUCGUGGACGAGGAGGCCGAUUCUCCUGCGGGCGCGUGUGAACCUGCCGCCCCUGUGGUGAAACGAGCUCCGUUCGUAAUUUACAGCGAUCAGGAAGAAGGGCAUGUGGUUCAGAGGAAGACUUCAGUGAGCCGAGAGGAGGACAUGAAUCUGAGUGGAAGUGACUCUCGACAGCAGAAAACGGCCACAGCAAAACCCUUCAGUGCUUCUGAUGAGAACAGACAGACAAACAAACCAUCAUCUUCGGCAAACCGUGUAUCUCUGAAGCUGCCGACCUCGAGUCUGAAAGGGCCGAAGUCAAAAGCAGAGCUCUCCGCUGACAGAGACUCGUCCAUCUCUCGCUGUGAGGAAGCCAUCGUCAACGGCCACUGGAAUAAGACUCUGUGCCGGAGUCCAGACGACACGUGUGAAUUCGCUGGUGCCACUCAUCUCGCUUCAACUCCAUUCGGUGUAGUCGAGAGGCAGAAGCUCCCGGAGAAUCCCGAAUCCACUAAAGCGCCGAGCUCUAACAUGAGCCCUGAGGAGAAAAAGCUCAGUCCUAUCCUAGAGAUCAGUCAGGAGUUGGGCGGCACUUCCUUCGCUAACUUUUCCCAGGAUCCCAUGAAGGGGUUUAAUGACAUGGAGAUCAGCCGAGCUGUGGAGGGACCGGAGACUGUGCUGGAGAAUGUAUCAGUCACUGAAUCGGAGGACGUCUGCAGUCCAGGCGUGAGAUCCAGGCUGUUCCAGCAAGCAGACGUGACCACGCUUCCCAACUUCCACCGUAAAACUGAACUUCUGCCUGACACCAGCGGGGACUUAAAUCUCGAUGGAGAGACGUUGGUUUACCGCGGUGCGCUGAAAGACUUCACCGUUUACUCAUCCAUCAGUGGGACUGUCCUUCUGAAGCUGGACUCUUCCUCGGUGCCGUGGGAUUUCUUCAUCAGCUCGCAGCUCCGAGCUCGACUGUCACAUGACCAGCAGGAGCGUCUCGUCCCGAUCUCCUGCUACGUGUUCCAGAACGGCUGCAUGACUCUCUGGAGGACUCCUCAUGGAGAGACCAUCCAGGAUCUCCUCGCUGAGCCCAUUGCUGGAGCGGAUGUUUCACGUUUAGUCCUCCUGCUACUCGAGUUGGUGAAGCAGUUUCAUUCCUGUCAAGUGGUCCACGGAGGCCUGAAGCCAGAAACCUUGUACUCUCACCACAGUGGCAUCACAGCACUAGAUCUCUCCAGCGCAGUGGAUCUGCAGCUCCAGAGUGACGUGAGAACUGCACAAGAUCUUCCUUCUGCACAGCAAUACAUACAACAGGGUCUCCUGUCAGCCUCUGCCUCACCUUAUCAGGUUGAUCUGAUUGGCCUUGCAGAAAUCGUGCACACUCUGCUGUUUAACCGACCAAUGAGAGUAACGCAGGAGAACUCGGCCUGGGGUUUGGAGGAACGCUCUGGGUCUGACCAGAGCGCUCCUGUGAGCUCCUUAUGGAAGGACUUCUUCCACAUGACUCUGAAUCCAGAGCAAAAGUCUUCUUCGCUGGUUUUGUCCGAGCUCAUCAGUAAUGUGAGCGACAGCUUAUGAAUAUCUGACGUUACACUAUUUUAUUGUAAAAUAAGGCCAUGUUCUUUUCACUGCAUGUGAAACUGUGUCUAUGGAAUUAAUGUUAUAUAUUGUUCUUCAUACACGUUAAUAAACUAUUUUCAC